UCAGAGGCGAGGGAUGCAGCCGUCGGUCCGGAAGCGACAGAGCUCGGCUCUUCACGCAGCAACUUUCACGCUCAGCGGCGCCGGCUCCAGGGAGAUGGACUCGGCUCUGCUGAAGCCCCGGUUCCACCUGGACCUGUGGAUCGGCUUCACCGUCCAGAGCUGGAUCCUGGAUGUGGGCCGGCCUGUUGUCAUGCUGGUCCUGCCUGCAGACUGGUUUCCUCUGAACCGGCCCGGGGCGGCGGAGUACCUCCACCUGGCGUACAACAUCACCACCCCGCUCAUCCUGCUCAAGCUGAUUGAACGCAGCCCCAGGACGCUGCCCCGCCCGGCCCUGCACCUCUGCAUCAUCGCCGUCGUCAUGGGAACGAGCAUCCACCUGGUGGCCGACUCCAUCACACAGCGCCUCCUUCUGAUUGGCUACCAGCUGCACCUGUCCGUCAGGGAGAAUCCCAUCAUGAAGAACAUCACGCCGAGCUCCUUGAUCGACUCCUUCGAGCUUCUGUUUUACUACGAUGAGAGUCUCGGCCAUUCCAUGUGCUACAUCCCCCUCUUCCUCGUCCUCUUCCUCUUCUUCAGUGGUUGCUUCACCCACAGGAAGCAGGAGGUGAAGAUGCCCCUGGCGGCCUGGAUCCUGCUGCCGCCCAGUGCUGCCCACUACUGGUAUCUGAUCACUGAGGGACAAACCUUCAUCCUCUUCAUCUUCACCUUCUUCGCCAUGACCGCCAUGGUGAUGCACCAGAGGAGGCGGGGCAUGAUCCCCGAGAUUAACGGCCUGUUCCUGCUUUACAGCUUCUCGUUGGCGCUGCUGCUGGUGGCGCUCUGGGUGGCCUGUCUGUGGGACGAUGCCGUCCUGAGGAGGAAGCACCCGGGCCUGAUCUACGUCCCGCAGCCCCGCGCCGUCUACACCCUCCACCUGCGCCAGCACACCUCGCCGCAGCAGCCGGACCGCUCACACGCUGCUCCCAUCCAGAUGUAG